AUGGCGCGUCGUCGCGGCCGCGUGGAGAUGCGGCGGAUCGAGGACCGGGUGAGCCGGCAGGUGCGCUUCUCCAAGCGCCGCUCGGGGCUCUUCAAGAAGGCCUUCGAGCUCUCCCUCCUCUGCGACGCCGAGGUCGCGCUCCUCGUCUUCUCCCCCGCCGGCAAGCUCUACGAGUACGCCUCCGCCAGCAUAGAGGAUACAUAUAACCGCUAUCAGCAAUUUUCUGGAGAAGGAAGGAAUAUGAAUGACGAUCAAAAUAAAAACAAUAACAAGGAUGAAGCUUCUUCAGAUUUGCAGUUGAUGCUGAGCGAGAUUGCAGCCUGGUCUCCCCAGAGCAAUGCUGACGAAUCAGAUGUCAAUGAGCUGGAGAAGAUGGAAAAUCUUCUGAGAAAUGCUUUGAAGGAUACGAGAUCCAGGAAGAUGCAGAUGCUGGCGAAACAAAACAGUGGAGCGAGUACAAGCGACCUGAAAAGCGAGGGCGCUACAAGUCAGGAGCAAGGAACGGCGUGA